ACUCCGCCCAUUGUAGACGUUGCGUGAUGAUGACAGUGGCAGGUGAUUCAGCUCUUCUCUGUGGAUGCUGAGCGAAGGAGGCGCGCGGGAGGGGCAGCUGUGUCUUCACUAAUUUUGCUAUUCUAACGAGCGCAAGACGGAGCAAAACCAGACUAUUUCACAGGGAAAAACCCCUAAAAAACGGUUAUGCCUCUUUUACAGUGGAUUUAUGUCCUGUCAUAUUUGACAGCAUCGUUUUAAGGAAAAACAUUGCGAAUCGGACAUUUUGUGAUACGAGGGCGUUUAGUUCCACAAACUGAAUAUAAAACAGCUUUGAGGAAAGGAAGAGAUUGACAUAACAGAAGGUAAGACGUUGGCAAACCAUCAUGGCAUGGCCCUGUAUCUCCAGAGUCUGCUGUAUGGCUCGGUUCUGGAACCAGCUGGACAAGGGCGACAUUGCGGUGCCGUUGGUUUUCACUAAGUACUCGGACGUGUCCGAAAUGCAGCAUCUUCACCUGCAGCAGCCUGCGUCGAAGGUCGCCAUAGAAACGCAGCCGCUUCACAGCGAGCGCGAGGUGGUGACCAAAGGACCUGCAGCCCAGGAGGAAAACAUUUCAGGAUCUGUGAUGCGCCAGGACUACAGACACUGGAAUGUUCGGCCUGAGCCCAGCUGCAAGCCCAAGAACACGUAUCAUUCCCCUGAGGUCUCUUUUAACAAAAAGACCCAGUAUCAGAAGGACUUCAGAGCCUGGCCUAUCCCAAAGAGGGGAGAUCAUCCUUGGAUCCCCAAACCCUCUCCGACCAUCUCAGUGGGCAGUGACCGCAUCCAUGACAGAGCCAAACACACCUUAGAGAUGAUGGAGAUUGGGGUGGAAAAGGGCGAGAUUGCUGACAAGGUGCAUGAGAAGGAGAUCCUGUCUAGUGAAAGGAAAAAGAGACAAGUCAAGAAAGUGACCAUGGUUUCUGAAAAGAAAGCUGGUGCGAAGUUGGAUGGGCAGGGCGUGGGGGAUGCCCCUACUACAGAGGGUAAAGGGAGGGCAGCUGUGGAUGCUCUCAACCGGCAGAUCAAACAAGAAGUGUCUUCUGGCAGCUCCUACAGGACUGAGUUCAAAGCCUACACAGACGUAAAACCCAUGAAGCUCAUCAAGGCCCAGUCUCAGUAUCAUCCUCCCAAUGGGAAGACUGAUCAGGAGACCAGCUACAGCGCCACCUACAGACCCUACCAGGCCACUCAGCAGCCAGAUGAAAACAAGGCCCUGGAAAGGAGAAGGAUACGCACACUGUACCAUGAACCUUACAGAGAGAGCCGUAAGGUGGAGAAACCCAGUCUUCCUCGCUCCAAACCCAAAAAGAGCACAGCUGCCACACCUGGCAAACUGCUGAAGAAGUCCAAGGAGAAGCAGGGGACAUCAUUGCGUGGUUCGAAGAAGAAGAGCUCUGAAAACCAGCCGGAGAGCAGAGCAGGGCAGGGCGACAAGGAGAAAAGUAAAGAGAUCAACAACAAACUGGCUGAGGCAAAAGAGUCAGUGGGCUGAUUUUACAAGAUUAACAGGGUUGGAUUUGAUGUUUUUUUUCUCCUCUUUUGCGUCACAAUCUCGCCCAGUAAUAUCAAAGCGUUUGCAUUUACUAUAGCUCCACCCACUCUCCUCAUCUCCACAACGAGGUUUCCAUACUAGCCACUCUACUGGUUGGCCAGUGGAUGCUCUUAUUUUGCAUGGAGCCAUUGGCUCUGUAUGCACUUACCAUCAGAUGCACAGACUGGUGGGUUUCAUUUAUCAAGGGUUUUGAAAUGAAGCCGAUAUGUAUCCGAUAAGCCUUUUGAAAUCAUGUUUAUGUAAAUUAGGCAACACAUAGAAACCACAAAGGCCAAUUUCCCAAUCAAAAAUCUUUGAUAAAUGUGCAUCUUUGGUUUUAAGACUAUAUUAAUCUGCUUGCUUUGCCUGUUUUAUGUUAUCAUUUUAUUGAUCAAACACCCCAAGCUCCCAAGGGAUAUGUUAUGAUCUCAGAUCACUUUGGUGCUUUGAUUUGAAUUAUUUUGUUUUCUUGAGAACCCUUCCAUAUGAUGAAAAUGUUGAUUAAUCCUUAUAGGAGCAGGAUAUAUCUAAAUUGAACAUCAGUAUCUCCAAAUAAACAUCUGUCAAGGUCAUAUAAUAAGCAGACCUUGUUUCGCCCCACUUUGUUGCCUGGACAACCAAAUAGAUGUAGUACUACUGUUACAUGAAAUUGCAUUAUGGGAUGUACUGUAAAUUUUUCUUUUGAUAGAAUAGGAUUUAAAUGUUCACUGUGAUUUUUUUGUGCAAAGCAAACCAAUAGAUUUUUUAAAAAAAAACAAAAAAACAAAAAUAUGUUUAUGUAUGGUUUUUGAGGUUUUGGUGUAAUUCUAUUCCAUCAUGCACCACAAAUUAUAUAAGGACCACAACACAACAUUUAACAUUAUCUUCCACUGUCCAACUGUUUCUUUUUAUCUCACGUGCACACUUCCCUUCCCCCCUAAGGGAGCCCCCGAGGUAGACAGAUGAGGUUCCUACAAGGAGAAUGAACUCAAAAGGUCAAUAGAUCAGCCAGCUUUAAAAUCAAAGCCCUUCUUUAUGUGAAUGCAUAUUCAACUUAUUCAUUAUUAAUGACUUUUCCAGAGUGUCUGCUUCUUUGUUUUGCUCCUGCAUCCCCCAUUGUUCAGAAUUGAAAUGACCUGUAUUCUUGCCUAAUUGUUCUGUUUGUUAUCAUGUGUCCAUUGAUGUAAUGGUAAGUCGAAUGCAAUCUGUUCGGAAUGCUGUUUGUUUACUCUUGAUUGCAUGAUCAUGUCAACUUUGUUUGUUUUAAUCAAAAGUUGGCCCCAAAAAGGCUUCUUCCCAAGAUGCACAUGUAUGUAUAAGGGGAAAUUUCAAGUGUCGUUUACUUGUUUCCGUCUCGUAACAAAACUGGCAUACAAGCCCUUAUCACAAACUCUGAGUCAAGUGAGCCAGUAAUGCAAACUUAAAACUAUCUUAAAAGAAAAAAAAAUCUAUUAUCAUUUACUCACCCAAAUAGUGUUUCGGACCUGAAAAAAAAACAUUAUGUCACAGAAGAAAUAUUUGGAAUGACCUUAGGGAGUCAGUAAAUGAUAGAAUUUCAAUUUUGGGUGGACUACCCCUUUAUAGUUUAAUGCUGAUACAUUCACAGAGAUGAUUUUGUGUUGGCAGUGAAAUCUUUUUAUAUAUAAUCUGAUCAGGCCUUAUGUAACAUCUCAUAAUCAUGGCUUUGCAUGUGACAUGACAAUGUCACAGAUUCAUGUCAGUUUGUGAUGGAAGAACAAAAAUGUUGGUAGUUCCUGGGACUGAAUAGCAUUCAUUUUAGAAUUUAAAUAUCUUCAUUUGCUGGCAUCAUGGGAGUGCAUCGUGUAAUAUAAUGCUUUGCAUUGUUAUUUUGUUUGUUUUGUUUUUUUGUUUUUUUUAACCAUGUACCUCCCCCUCUGCAAAUCCUCUCUGUCCCUGGUCUCAUCCUUUGAGGUCUACUUCAUUUAUAGUAUGUCAAGUAUGUAAUCUCAUUGUCCUGUUUGCCCAAUCUGCAUAGUAAUUCUGUUAUCUAUUGCCAGAUUGAAGAAUUUUUCAAUUCCAUUGAAUACACUUAUAUCCCUCACAGGCUCAUUUCCAUUCCUAUCAGAAAUUAAAUAAGGCACUAACCCUGGCUGAAUUCAGAAUAGCAUACUACGCUCAUAUUUUAGAAUGCUAAAAAUAUACAGGAAUGGUAAGAAUAGCAUGCUAUUCAAGUUCAGCCGUAAACCUUUUAUCUUUCAUGGUGUGCACCAUUAGCAGUCUAACACUAGAAAGCAAAGAUUCUUCUUCAUGUAUGAGUUGGAUUGACAGCCAUUCUGCCAUGAUUUUCACUUUGACAUACCAUGUAAAAUUUGUUCAAACUUCAAAGACAGUCGAGAUGUAUUAUAACUAUGUUUACUAUCAUUUAUGAAAAUAUAUAAUACAUUACAAUGCAUUAUGAAAACUUUGAAUGUAUUAUAACACAGGCUUCAAGUCCAGAAACACAGAAAUUCUGUCGGACUUGUGGAAAGUAUUCGUAUAGAAUGAAAGUAUCUAUUUGUUCAGUCUGGCUGAACUACAAUAGCUUAUUCUCUUCUGCACUGUGCUCUGAAGCUGACUGUGCCACAGGGUGAGGUCCUUUUUCUUGUAUUUUGCAGCCUUUGGUGACUCAGUUACUGUUAAUAUAAUGGGAAUUAAGGAAAGACAUUGUUGGGAGACAGAGGAGGAGCAGCUAACGGGUCGUACAUGUCAGUGAGUGUGUGUGUGUGCUUAGCACAGGUGCUAUCUAUAGUCCAUGCAUACUAAAAAGGAGAGAAAAAAAUAUGUGAAAGGGCCUCCGAUUUAACUGUGAUAAUGUGAAUUGUGAUUUCUCUCUUGCUUGCUCAUAUUGAAAUUAAUAAAUGCAAACGCAGAAACA